ACUUUACUGUUACCAAAAAAAUUGUAUUAUUUUUGCUUUUCCCAGUCAUGCCUAAAGUUGAGCAGCCUACUUCACUCUCCAAAUCUAUGCCGGCAGUUGAACCUUCUGGUGGUUCUCUACCUAAAUUCUUGCAGGAUAAUGGUCUGACCCCAGAAUGCAGAGACUUAACAACCUCCCUUCCCUCCGAAAGAGGUUGGGUUGCAGAUCAUCUCUUUCAAUACCAAGGUUUUUGGCACCACGUUAGACAGUUGCAAGGAGUUUUAACAUGUCAGAAUCACUUCCAAGCUCAAGAUUCGGACAUCCUCCUUGUCUCCACUCCUAAGGCAGGCACCACUUGGUUAAAGGCCAUAACAUUUGCUCUAGUCAACCGUUUUCUCUAUGUUGAUCAUCCUCAGCAACACCCUUUGCUCACAAAUAACCCCCAUGAACUUGUGCCUUUCUUGGAACUUAAACUAUACGUUGAAAAUCAGGUUCCUGAUCUCUCCACCUUGCCCUCUCCAAGGAUCUUUUCAACUCACUUGCCUUGUGUUUCCUUGCCCACAUCCGUCAAGGACUCAGCUUGCAAACUUGUUUACUUGUGUAGAAAUCCUAAAGACACAUUUGUGUCACUUUGGCAUUUUACAAACAAGCUGAGACCAGCAGAAAUGGGUGAGAACUCUCUUGAAGAGGCUUUUGAUAAGUUUUGCAGAGGAGUGAGUUUGUACGGACCCUUCUGGGAUCACGUGUUGGGCUACUGGGAGGCAAGUUUAGAAUGUCCAAAAAGGGUGAUGUUCUUGAAGUAUGAGGAAAUGAAAGAAGAGCCAAAAGUUCAUCUGAGGAGGUUGGCAGAGUUCUUGGGGUGUCCAUUUUCGCCGGAAGAGGAGAGUCAAGGCUUGGUGGAUUGUAUCUUGAAAUUAUGUAGUUUCGAUAACUUGAGCAAUUUGGAAGUCAACAAGAAGGGGAAAAUGUCAUCCGGAGAGGAGUAUAAGGCAUUUUUCCGGCGAGGAGAGGUGGGAGAUUCGGCGAAUCAUCUGACGGAAGAGAUGAUAAGGCGACUCGAUGAGAUCACUGAACAGAAGCUGCAUGGGUCUAAGCUAAAAUUAUAAUAUGGUACGUACGUUUGGAGUCAUUAUGGCAAUAAUAUAUUUUCCCAUUGGUAUAUUGCAUGCAUUUGUCAGAUUUGGUCUGUCCACUGGGGACCUCCAUUUGCAGUUGUCAGAUAUGGUCUGUUGAUUGCUAGAUUAUGCUUGAUCAAAAUUAUUUGUAUGGUUUGCUUACUUUGGUGAGAUUAUGCUUGAUCAAAUAUGAGCUUUUUCAGCACUUAAUAUCUAAUGUUAUGGAUUUUGAACUCA